UGAGCUUUUGUUAUCACGGUGGCUGCAGCGAUUGAACUCUGUCGAGUCAGGGUCCCAGACUGACUAAGGAGAGCAAGCUCCUGGGAAGCGAAUGAAGAAACACGUCCUACUACUCUUCACAUACAGAGGACUUGUCAGGAAAGGAAAAAAGAGCAAGAGAAGAAAAUGGCCAAGUUUAUCAUACGAUCCGCUAAUGCCGGGGACUGUAAGGAUAUAUUGCGACUCAUAAAGGAACUGGCAAAAUAUGAGGAAAUGGAGAACCAAGUUGUCCUAACUGAGAAAGAUCUGCUUGAAGACGGAUUUGGAGAACAUCCAUUUUACCACUGUCUUGUUGCUGAAGUGCCUAAGGAGACCGAGAGUGUCGAUGGGUAUACAGUUGUUGGGUUUGCAAUGUACUACUUCACAUAUGACCCGUGGAUUGGAAAAUUGCUUUAUCUGGAAGACUUCUUUGUGAUGGAUGAAUUCAGAGGUUUUGGCAUGGGAUCAGAGAUAUUCAAGCACUUGGGUCAAAUUGCGAUGAAGUGUCGCUGCAGCAGCAUGCACUUCCUGGUUGCAGAAUGGAAUGAGCCAUCCAUAAAGUUCUACAAGAGACGUGGCGCAUCUGACCUUUCUACAGAAGAAGGAUGGCGCCUCUUCAAAAUCGAUAAAGAGUACUUGUGUAAACUUGCAGCUGAAGAGUGAGAACUCUUCCAGAGGCAGCAAAUAUCUCAAUAAAAGAAUAACCUUCUUGAUUGUUUGCAUGUCAUUAUUGUAGUUUAAUUGUAGAGUAGCUACUCCAAAGCUUUAUUACCAGUGACAUUGAAACGUGUCUCCCGAUCUCCUAGCAAAACUAUUGUGGCAACAUUUUCCAAGAGUUCUUCAAACCUUAGUCUCCCAGUUGUCGGUAUUAUAUGUAACUUCAUUGUUGUAAGUCAUUUGUGUACAAUGUACACACUGGUAUGUAGGUUUCUAUUUGUACCAUUAACCUGUUUUUAUGAAUUAAAAGAGCAGUAUUUGUUCUA